CCCUGAUGUCCCCAGAGAUUUGAGAUUCCUCUUGCGUACUCUCUCCCCAAAUGAAUGAUUUGCACAACGCUACGCCUGCGCGGUCGUGUAUAGCCUGCUACCAGCGUAAGCUGAAAUGUGAUCGACAGCAACCAUGUCAGCGUUGUGCAGGGCGCAACGUCCUUUGCGUCUACCCUAGCAACAAAAUAACACGAAAUAGGCCAAAGAAAUCAAGAUCACCAAGCCUGCGAGAGAAAGUGGCAAAACUUGAGAAGGAGGUGAUUGGGAUUAAAGAUGCCCAAAGCAAUGCUGUGACCGUAUAUGCUGUUGAUCUUGAUUCGCUGCGCGCUGGAGAGUCUUUGUACGUCACCGACGAAUCGGGUGAGAGGAAGGUCUUAAGUAAAAUCGGGAGAGUUAAGAUAGAAGAUGAGGACGAAGACGAUGAAGUCAAAAAGCAUUCUAUACGUUCUGCAGCUGCAGAUGUGGAUGAGAACAAACCCGGAAUACCGUUCAUGCUGCCCAUGUUCUCCUCCAUGGCAGGCGGACCCUCGAGCCAGGCGAUGUAUGCACCAACGGCAACUGAAUUCGAGAACUUUUUCGCUCUUUUCUGCGAGCGUGUAGAUCCAAUUGUGAGAAUUGUACACAAGCCAACCAUACGUCUCUUGAUUGAUCGAAUCAAGGGGCCUGUCUCAGUUGCGAAUUCGAGCGAUCCAAGGAUGACAAAAGACAAGCACGUCACAACGGCUGACCAUGACAGAUGGAUCACGUAUAUGCCGGAGAAGUGGUCCAACUUCGCCUCUGCUCGUCCACCAAAUCCAUUCUCUGAAGCCGUAUGCUCCCCUAUUGAAUAUGCGCUUCUCAUGUCCAUCGCUCUGGCUGCGACCUGUUCACUUACGGAAGAUGAUCCUCGCCUGCCGGAGAUGUUUGGCGACAAGCUAGCUGGGCUAAGGAAGAAGGUUUAUUUUGCAACUGAAGUUUCGAUCUCGAGGAUUAAGUUGGCGUCGACAAACAACUUCACAGCCUUGCAAGCCUUUACUUUGUAUAUUACGACCAAAAUACUCGAAGAGAACACUCCGGAAGUUUGGCACACGUUGUGGUGCCCAGUUGCACUCGCAAUUCGGAUAGCUACGCAAAUUGGCGUGCAUAAAGAUGGCGAGACAAUAGGGCUGUCGCCGUUUGACACAGAAAUGCGUCGGCGAAUGUGGUGGCAUCUCGUCCUGUUAAGUAUCCGCACUUCUGAGGACUACUCAUGCGACCUCUUUGCUCCCGGCGGUAGUCCAGUCAAACUUCCCGCCAAUCUAGCGGACGAUCAGUUGAGCCCUGAAAUGUCAUCUUGGCCGAAGGCGGACGACGCUCCGACCGAAAUGAGUCCAUCCUUGCUCAGAUACGAAGCUAUUGCAGCAGUUGCAGAAGCUCAAAGACGUGAUUGGAACCCCAACAACAAAAGCUCCUUUUUCCAGCACAUUCAAGACUUCGAGGAAACUCUGAACAGACGGUAUAUCGAGCCGGCCCGUGCAAACCCCAACAACGAACGGAGCCGACUCAUUCUCGCCUUAGGACAAGUAGCGAUCCUAAAAAUGUGCUGGGUCUGGGGCUAUUCGCUUAUGCGUCAGAAAGGAGAAACGCCGCAGCUCAAUUCGUCAACGCCAAACCUGUCGGACGAACUUUUCAUCACCGUUACAAAGAUGGUAGAGCAACAAGUCAUCUUGCACUGCGAGCCCAGUCUCAAAAAUCUGUAUUGGAUCCUGAGGAACAUCAAGCCUUGGGAUGGCGUGGCCAUUCUUCUAGCCCAAUUGAAAGCCAGGCUGCAGAAGCAGCAUGCACAGCAAAACUUCGAUCAGCUUCCUCAGAUGCUCAAGGACGCUUGGAAUGUAUCAACGAAGGCCCUUGAGCUGCGUCAGCACUGGGUUGUCAGCCAAAAUUUGAUCCAAGGAUUACAGCAGAUGCGAAAGCAAGUUGGAGAGAUGAUGGGCCUGCUUACAGACGAGACAAUCGCCGCGAUAUCUGCUUUGGACAUCCAGGUCGAUGACUUCGGGCCAACACCCAUUCUUGCUGAUACCAUGCAGUUCGAUCAAAUGGACUUGGAUGCGUACAUGGUGCAGAAUAGUGGAGGAAAUUUAGACGAUCCGUGGCCGAUGUUCAUUCCAAUGAACUUCAAUAUCACAAGAAAUGGCCCAUUUUAGAGACCUGGCCACGUCUAUCCACACUAAAAAAAAAUUUUUCUUCCUUGAUUUUACGACUCUAAAUCGACUCGUCACAUAGGUCACAAUCCUCUCAGAGCACAGCAGAUGCUAGUCUCCUGCCGUUGUACUUUGUACUCGUUUCGCAAAGGAAACGGCGGCGCAUGCAUGGGUUCGUACUCGAACAAUGCGAGGCCCUUACUUCCCCAUUGGAUCUUGGCCAAGUUAUAUGAUCCCAAAUACAGCCGCCUCACAUCCUGACUAAGAGAUAGAAAUUGAAGAUGACGAUCCUAUGGUUGCGGCACGGUAGGCGAGGCCAGCUGUGUCAAUGACGCCUCUGCAUCGUUUCUUUGAUCCAAAAUUUGCACACAUAGCGGCUGUUUGAUUAGCUACGUCUGAGGUUCUUAUCGCUCUCGGAUACGCGCGUGGUUCACAGGCGAUACCGCUGGUUUGUAAACGUUGAAUCACCGUGAUUAUGUGCACUCAGCAUCUGCAACCACAAAAUGAGCUUUCGCUCCCACAGGUCUAGUUAGCAGAUAUCAGAAGCGGAUAUCACCAAACCUUGAAGCUCUUCGGUAUCCUUCUUGAGACUCACAUAUAACUCUGACAUUAGUGAGUUUAUUACACUGCGUUUAGGUCUAUGGUGUCCACAGAAUGAGAUAAAAGUCUCCAAACUCAUAUC